CGGGGCUUGGCGGCCAUUUUGAGAUUGUACUGGGUACUGGAAUCAAAUCCCUGGUCUCCUUUUCAUUCACAACUCACAUCAUGCCUUCCAGAAUUUUCGUGACCGCGAGAAAGGUGAGCGUCGAAGAUUGAUGAUAAGACAGAUUGACACGAUUUCCAACGCCAGAGAAAGUUUGUGGCUAAAUGCAAGCAACCGCAACGAGGAUCAAGAGAUCGAAAGACAAAGAACGCCGCCCCAAAAGACGAAACCAACCCAGUGUGCGACAAAACGAAGGUGUCGUAAGAAGUUCUUCUACAUAGAAGGUGGUGCUUUGGGAGAAAAAAUGGUUAUAAUUCUGGCCAUUGCCUUCAUCGACAUUAAGCAAGAUCGGAUGGAUUUGCUGCAGGGGCUUGGGGGCUGGCACUGGCAUGGGCACUGGCACCGGGGAAUCGGAUUAGGACUCUUCUGGGUCGGUUGUAGCCUCACGGAAUGUUUCAGGUCUUUACGACAACCACAAGGUUGGGUAUAAGUUGCAUGGGCCGAUGAAAAGGAGAAUGAAGAUGAUUGAGAUGCAAAGAGAAUGGAUCUGAUUGAGC